CCAAUCAAGCUGUUGGGUGCGGGAAGAGGCCGGACCUAAGAUGGCGGCGCCCACGGGUGCCAGGAAGAGCCGCUCAUGUCGGGUAGCGGAGCGGUGUGGGGUCGAGUGCGAAGCCGCCUCCGCGCCUUCCCCGAGCGCCUGGCGGCCUGUGGGACUGAGGCCGCGGCCUACGGCAGGUGCGUGCAGGCAUCCACCGCCCCGGGCGGCCGCCUGACCAAGGACCUUUGCGCGCAAGAGUUCGAAGCCCUGCGGCGCUGCUUCGCCGCCGCGGUAAGUGGGCGCCGGCCCCGCCGGGGCGGGGGGCACCCUGGUUUCGGUGUUGGGCGCCGGCAGGUGCUGCGCACACGGCACACCCGCCCACCAGCCAGCGCGACCCCCGCCCGGCCGUGUCCAUCGCGGGGAGGGGAACGGCACCCUCACCGUGUUACUGCGGUGCCUUGGAACCCUACCUGGGCCUGUCGCCGAGGCGGGGUAACGCCAAAAGGGACCCCACGUGUGUGCUGCGCGUGGGCGGUUACAGCCAGGCCCCUGGUCUCCCCCUGCUCGACUGCGCGUUUCUCAGAGGGUGAAGGGACAACCAGCAGGGCCGCAGCGGCUGCGAAGUCCUCCACCAGCCGCGCUGACGGGUGCCAAGGGCGCAGAAGCGGCUGCGCUGACGCGGUCUGUUGGUUCCCUGGCUCUGGGUUCAGAUCUGCCUCCAACCACUCAGGAGCGGGUGUCUUCUGUUUCCGAGCUGUGGCAUUUUCUGAUCCUCACUGAUCGAACCCUGUGCUGGAGAAAUCCUUACGCACUAUGCCCACGUAAAGAACUAUGGUGUCCAGUUUGUGUUUUCAAGAAAGACGAGGAAGAAGUAGAAUUGGAGGCAACUCUCUGGGCAACUGAGAUGGGCGCUCCAGACAUCUCAAGGGCAGGCAGCGGAGACUGCACUGAGGCUUCCACACGGGGGUUUGAGCUGGUGCCGAGGUGUCAGGUCUCCGGGGUCUGGGGUGGGCUGUGAUGCCAAGGAUCAGCUCUGUUCACCAGACGCAGAUCCUGAGAACCGGACCCCAGAGGGGGCAGGAUGAUUCCAGGAAUCUGAGGCCAUUUUCUGACGUUCCGGGAUGGCUCUCCCUCCUUUUCUGGGCCCUCAGACCCUCCUCGCACUCCCCUUGCCAUGACCGUGGCUGGGACGCGCAGUCUCAGCCUUGUCACCAACCUCUGAUCCGACGCGGACAUGUCCUUGGGACUUGCUUCCUGCCUCCUGGCAGAUCCCCCGGGAGGGGACAGGCCUCGGUCCCACGGUCACCGGUUGCGAGGUGAAGACCCGCGCUCCCGGCACCAGGCUCUGCUCUGGCACCUGUGGGCGCGUGGUCACCUGCACAGGUGUCUGGUCGUCUGAGACUCUUUAUGCUCCUUUGCCUCCAUCGUGCUGUCCUGUCCCCAAAAGGCUGGCCCUUGUGCCUUUUUCCGCUGAUGGGGACCUAACUGCAGGCCCUGGGCCCUGGGAACUCAGGACGGGAACGAGGACUUUCUUACCUGAGGACAUGAGGGGAUGACCCCAUCUGCCGUCCGCUCCGAGGAGGCGCCGGGAGCCCCGCCCCUGUCCCUGGGAGAGCUGGCUCUGGGGAAGGGGCUCCUGCCACCUGGCCAAGAAGACCUGACAGGAGGCCAGUAGGAGGGGUCCACAGGCUCCACCGCAUGCCCCCCCGCCCAGUGAUGGCCCCCAAGGGCAAACGUCUAAAGCCUCAAAGGCAGAAAGGACGGGAAACGCAUUAGGGAAGGGUCGGCAGCCUCGCGCAUGUAAGGAUCUGGGGUAGUGACGGCGAAGCCACAAUAAAGACCAGUUGGAGCUCAAA